AUGUCCGGGAAUCCCACAUUUGUGAGUCCCUUCCACAGACCCCACUGUUUGGCUGCCGCCGCCCCAGCCCCAGCAGGAAAAGCCAAACUCACCCACCCUGGAAAAGCCAUUCUAGCAGGUAAGGAUACAGUCAUUCAUAUUUCCUUGUGUAUGCUGCUAAUAUUGCUUUGUAUCAAAAUUCAGGCAGCGUUCAUUAUAGCGCCUUGCUACGUUGUAACACUGCAAAUCAAUGUUACUGUGACAAUGCAGGAUAUUAUACAGGGUUUUCUUUUUACUUUUGUAGUGGCAGUCUGUGUGUAGCAAGAUAUUUCAAAACUAUUGCCUGCCUAUAGAGCUUACCAUGGGAGUGAUGACGAACUUUGUUAGUGUAGUAAAUUAUUAUUUAAGUCUACUAAUCUAUUGAGACUUUUCUUCAUUUCUUCAUGAACUACGUGUCAGUUGCUAGGGAGUAAGGCACAUUUGAUCACAAUAUAGCAACACAAUUAUGUGCUGUUCUUGACAGGGUGUCCAAACUGCCCCUAAAACAGCAUCAGUGGCAAGUAAGUAUCUGAUGUGCUUUGGCAUGAGAUAUGCUGUAUCUUGUCAUACACCUUGUUUUUUUGUGACUGAUGGGGGAGGAGGAGCAGGGGGAGGUAUGUGCUUACAAGGUAACUAGUCACCCCCUGAGGGCGAUGUACUGUCUUCAUGCACUGUGGAACUUGAUGAGUGGAAUGAAUCUGCAGCCUGCCUGGUGUGUGUGUACACCUGGAGCUGCAAUAUGAUAAUUAUUGAAUGAAUAUGAGACUUUAGGAAUACUUUAGGAAGACAGUAUUCAAUUGUUUGGAAAUAAAAUGAGUCUGCAAUGUCUAUGCCUGGUUUGUCUUCAAACUUAUAACACCCAAAGUGCACACCUUAUUUUGACUAAAGUUCAGGAGGACUGGCUGCAUCUGUUGAACUAUCAAUUUGGCCUUUUAGCCUUUGCUUCAAAGUGUGUGUGUGUGUGUGUGUGUGAGCGAUCUGUUAUUCCUCUUGAAACUCAGACAAAAAAUACCAUGAUUUGGGGGAUUUUCAUGAAAGAUAAUCCAUAGCAUGGUCCUUUUGGAAGAAGGAUUGUUGACAUAUAUAUUUUACCUUUGUAUCUAAAAGCAUAAAAAUAAAUAAUUAAUAAAAGUUGGCAUAUUUAUUACAUUUUGGCCAUACCCAGGCCUCCUUUAAGACUCCAUGUUGGUGUUACAAAGCUAAAAUGUGUCAUAUGAAGCUUUACCGCUUGCUCUGUAAUAUGAGUAGUAUACUGACUUCAAUAAAAACAUUAAUUUAUUAGUAUAGUAAAAUGAAUAUUGAAAAUAUAAAAUGUUUGACUUGGCUAUUUUUUUAAAGUAUAUUGUUGAACUGAUUUUUUUAUUUUACCGCUAUUUAACUAGGCAAGUCAGUUAAGAACAAAUUCUUAUUUACGAUGACGGCCUACACCGGCCAAACCCGGACGACGCUGGGACAAUUGUGCGCCGCCCUAUGGCAGCGUUUCCCAAACUUGGUCCUCGGGACCCCAAGCGGUGCACAUUUUGUUUUUUGCCCAAGCACUACACAGCUGAUUCAAAUAAUCAACUAAUCAUCCAGCUUUGAUUAUUUGAAUCAGCUGUGUAGUGCUAGGGCAAAAAACAAAAUGUGUACCCCUUGGGGUCCCCAGGACCGAGUUUGGGAAACGCUGCUCUAGGGGCAUAUCAAAGUUCCAGAGUGGGAUCUCUGCAACUUUAGACUUAUGAUCCAAUUUGUAAGCCUUACUAACGGAGUGAAUGGGGAAAAAAUGGUUGCCCUCUGCUGGUGAUUUGCAGGAUGUGCAAUGAUACAAGUGGGUUUGAGACACUCAAAUCUGAGUGAGUUCCAAUCUGGAAAAGAUUCUGUUAGAAUUUUAUGGAACACUUGGUACAAACAUGAUUGGCUGUUCUAUCUCCUGCUCAGAGUAUAACUUUGGCUAUGGCCUUGUGUGCUCCAAGCCAAUCAUGUCCUUGUGUUGCACAGCUGUGUAGAGAUUUGUAGCCAUAGUAAGGCUUGUCAUGGUUUGCAUGCAGCCUGACGAGUAAGGUCCUUAGAUUGCAACGUUGCUGCACAUGCAUCCUUAUGCAGUUGCACUACUUGGUUUGUCUCUUUUAGGACAAUACAUGCUACAACAUUAUUGAGGGCAUUCAUGGUCGAUAACGCAUUUGUGUGUAAAUUGCUUCUGUAUCUUGCUUCUUGCAAGAGUAACAAGUGAACACUGAUCCAUUCCAAUUCCUUGAUAUACUAGAAAUAUCACUAGACUACUUAAGGUGAUAUAAACCAUUUGUCUGUCUCUCAGUUCUCUAGCACAUUUUUCAGGCCUGUUUUCCCAUGUCUAUCAGUCUAUCCUUGUCAGUCAACUACGCUUUCACCUGGAGUAAAUUGUGAGCUAUCGGGGCCUACUCAUUUGCACUCACAGGAUAGAUGAGAGCAAUAUGAUGGAUGUCUACCAGGAAGUGCUUUCACAAUCAAACCAGAUAAAGGAAAGGAGAUGACAGGAAACCUUUUACACUACCAGUGAGAUUCACCCAAUAGUGUGAGUGCUUGACAUGGGUCUGAGGCCUGCAGAGCAGUACAGUGCUUUGUGCCUGAAUCUAUGAGCCAUGAUGACACAGCAUAAACUGCACACACUUCUGCAGUUCAGAGAGCGCACACACACACUCCUGCACAGACACACUGCUUCACACACGGCACACAUGCAGCUGGUUUAUAACACCCUUUCACCAGAUCAGGGGCACAUGCUGAAGGUGGGGUUGUCCUGCGAUUUUAUAAUUUUUCUUCAAUGUUCACUCUCUUGUGCACUUGAUUACCCCCAUAGAAUGCAAAGCACUCUGAGACCCAAUAAAAGGUGCUAUAAAUGCCAUUCAAUUAAUUGGUAAUGUUGUUGAGCAUUACUAUGGCACUCAACACGCCCUCAUCUACCCAAAUUAAGUUAUAUCUGCCUAUACAUGCAGUUGUUUGGCUUGCUUCCUUAUCUCUAACUCAGGUUGUGUGACUUUUAUAAUUCAGCUGAAACAUGCUUCCUUCACUGCUUCCUUAGAAUGGUAGAGUAGGGAAUGAAUGAAUGACUGGCCUGUUACGAGGAAACAAUUAGACACGUCUAAUUAUAAAACAUCUAACGGUAUGACAGGAAGAGCCGGGCACUGGGCAGAACUUCUAGCCUACUGUGUAAUAACAAGAUAAUUAACAUCAGCCGCCUAGUGAUAAAAAAACUUGACUCUUUUGGCAACUUCGAUAAGGGGAGAGAAUUUCCGGGGUGGGUCCCCUUUAGAUGGACAACUCUCCCAACAAAUCACGAGGCAGACAUGCCAGAACGUUGUGAUUUGAAACCUAAGUUUGCAGGAACAAUUUUGAAGUGGUUUUAGGUGAAGCUAGUUGAUGCAAACUAGCCACUUGCGAAAUGCACUCAUUAAAAAUAACCGCUGAUCUCCAUUUUUCUAGCUACUAUUUAGUAUUUUAUUCAAGUGAAUAAGGUAGUGACGUAGGCAGUGAUGUAGUUCCUCUAUGCCAAACUAAAGUUUUCUAUUACGUACAGACUUGCUGGAACAUUUGUGGGAGGCAACCUGGAUGUCUAGGGUUAGGGUGCGGUAGAUCAUGUAACUGUUUGUUACGUGCAAUAUGCUUUGUGGAAUUCACCGGACAGAGGUUGCUCUCUGGUUUUGUGAUGAAAGAAAGGUGUGGUUGAAUUUAUUCUAUCACUGUGUCUUCUUAUUGUCUUGACCUUAGGCCUACAGUGGGGGAAAAAAUGAUUUAGUCAGCCACCAAUUGUGCAUGUUCUCCCACUUAAAAAGAUGAGAGAGGCCUGGAAUUUUCAUCAUAGGUACACGUCAACUAUGACAGACAAAGUGAGACAAAAAUACUUACUUUCUACCAUACUUUGCAAAUACAUUCAUUAAAAAUCCUACAAUAUGAUUUUCUAGAAUAUUUUUUCUCACUUUGUCUGUCAUAGUUGACGUGUACCUAUGAUGAAAAUUACAGGCCUCUCUCAUCUUUUUAAGUGGGAGACCUUGCACAAUUGGUGGCUGACUAAAUACUUUUUUCCCCCACUGUAUAUAUCAUGGUUGCAAGGCAUAUGAACUAACAGGUUAUAGAGCAAACAUCGCAAGUAUCUAAACACAUACUUUUGUAUGUAUAGUGUAUGUGGACACCUCUUCAAAUUAGUGGAUUCAGCUAUUUCAGCCACACCUGUUGCUGACGGGUGUAUAAAAUCGAGCACACAGCCAUUCAAUCUUCAUAAACAAACAUUGGCAGUACAAUGGCCUUAUUGAAGAGCUCAGUGACUUUCAACGUGGCACCUUCAUAUGAUGCCACCUUUCCAACAAGUCAGUUCGUCAAAUUUCUGCCCUGCUAGAGCUGCCCAGGUCAACUGUAAGUGCUGUUAUUGUGAAGUGGAAACGUCUAGGAGCAACAACGGCUCAGCCGCGAAGUGGUAGGCCACACAAGCUCACAGAAUGGGACCGCUGAAGCGUGUAAAAAUCGUCUGUCCUCGUGUAACCGGUGUGAAAUAGCUAGCUAGUUAGCGGUGCGCGCUAGUAGCAUUUCAAUUGGUGACGUCACUCGCGCUGAGACCUUGAAGUAUAACGGUGCUUCAAGGGUGACUGUUGUCUGUGUGCAGAGGGUCCCUGGUUCAAGCCUAGGUAGUGGCGAGGAGAGGGACGGAAGCAAAACUGUUACACUCGGUUGCAACACACACUACCGGGUUCCAAACUGCCUCUGGAAGCAACGUCAGCACAAGAACUGUUCCUCUGGAGCUUUAUGAAAUGGGUUUCCAUGGCCGAGCAGCCGCACACAAGCCUAAGAUCACCAUGCGCAAUGCCAAGCGACGGCCGGAGUGGUGUAAAGCUCGCCGCCAUUGGACUCUAUGGAGUGAUGAAACAUGCUUCACCAUCUGGCAGUCCGAUGGACGAAUCUGGGUUUGACGAAUGUCAGGGGCACGCUACCUGCCCCAAUGCAUAGUGCCAAUUGUAAAGUUUGGUGGAGGAGGAAUAAUGGUCUGGGGCUGUUUUUCAUGGUUUGGGCUAGGCCCCUUAAUUCCAGUGAAGGGAAAUAUUAACUCUACAGCAUACAAUGACAUUCUAGAUGAUUCUGUGCUCCCAACUUUGUGGCAACAGUUUGGGGAAGGCCCUUUCCUGUUUCAGCAUGACAAUGCCCCUGUGUACAAAGUGAGGUCCAUACAUAAAUGGUUUGUUGAGAUCGGUGUGGAAGAACUUGACUGGCCUGCACAGAGCCCUGACCUCAACCCCAUCAAACACCUUUGUGAUUAAUUGGAACGCCGACUGCGAGCUAGGCCUAAUCGCCCAACAUCAGUGCCCGACCUCACUUAUGCUCUUGUGGCUGAAUGGAAGCAAGUUCCCGCACCAAUGUUCCAACAUAAAUAAUAAUAAAUAAAUAAUUGGUCAUUUAGCAGACGCUCUUAUCCAGAGCGACUUACAAGAGCAAUUAGGGUUAAGUGCCUUGCUCAAGGGCACAUCGACAGAUUUUUCACCUAGUCGGCUCGGGGAUUAGAACCAGCGACCUUUCGGUUACUGGCACAACGCUCUUAACCACUAAGCUACCUGCCGCCCUAGUGGAAUGAAGAGUGGAGGCUGUUAUAGCCGCAAAGGGGGGAUCAACUCCAUAUUAAUGCCCAUGAUUAUGGAAUGAGAUGUUCGGCGAGCAGGUGUCCACAUACUUUUCAUAUGUAGUGUAGAUUGUAAUAUGGCUUUUUGGGGGGGCUUCCCCAGUGAUUUUACCCACGCGCCGCUACUAAGAGAGACUAAGUGUGUGUGUGUUUGUGGAUACUGAAGUGUUGCAUGACCAUUCUUGUGUGGAAUUGACUGCCCUGCAUGCUUGUGUGUAGAGGUGAAAGGCAUGCUGAAGUCCAGAGCCUCAAAAAAUGUAUCUUUCAGAAGCAUCAGCAUGGGGUUGAGGUUUAGAUUCAACCAGGACGUUUCCCACACACACAUUAGGGCCAGCUUUCCCCACUUCAAAUCUAACAGAUUUUCCAUGGGGAGUGUUCAGUUAAAACAGGUUAGAGAUUGCUAUGUUAUCACAGAACUAUUUGCUCAGCUCUUAUGGAGUUGCCCCUUGAUCCAAAGUUUAUGUUUGCUACCAGCAACAAACUAUAGGUUUAUGACGACUCUGUGUGAGAGAGGCUUCCACAUGCAUCCCAGCCGAAACAGUUCGGUAGAGUUCGUGCAUAUGUUAUGACGACAUUUUGUGACGUUUUUGUUGGUAUGGACUUCGGUGAGGGGUUUUUCGGCUGUUCGGGCUCACGACUUUUUUUCUGGAGGCAAGCGGAAGUUCGGAGCCGAAGUCUACGCCCCUUCGUCGGUGAUUGGUCAACAGUAGGGAUUCGUCAAAGUUUCUGUUGUCAUUCAACGAGAGAUGACUCGUUUUCAUGCACAUUCUUGCAUAGAAAAAUACUGCACCAAACAUCUUAGUUAGAUGUAAAAUUGCGCGAAAGAUCUCUUCGGCAAAAACGUUAACUUAAGAAAUCUGUCAUUCAUUUUAUCUUAAAUGUAUUAUAUUUUGUGUAUACUGGCUACGGCGUCUCAAAAUGGACAAACCGUACAAUUGGCUCUUUUUUCUAGUUUUUCAAGCUAGGUCUUUUAAGGGAGUAUGCGAGCACACGGUUCGGCUAGCUGAGUUCGUCUAGGCGCCAGCCGAACUGAAUCAUGAUGACGCCUUAACUCCCUCUCUCUGUCAGUGGAGUCACACCCCCACGGAUCAGAGCAGGGCAGAGGGGAGUAUCCUGUGGGCAGAUUCCCAGCUCAGCCAAUCAGAGCCCUCCUUUCUGUUUGCUGUUCAACUGCAGAUGUGUGGAGCUCCGGCUGUUAAGGUGGAACCAGGAGGUUACCAAUAAAACGACAGUUACAGAGAAAAGUCCUCUUACACUAUGGAUCUUUGUUUUUCUUUUUCUUUAAAAAAAUUAUAUUAUUCAGACACUGAUGAUACUUUAUAAUUUAGUCAUUUAGCAGACAUUAAUGGCAUUUAUUCAGCCAGCAGAGAAGACCCAUGCCUUUUAACUGAAAACUUGUCUGUUGUUCCAGAUGGAGCAGAGGGUAUAGAGAUCAGCCUAACUACCAUAACUCCUCUGUUUCUCCCUUUCUCUCUAGGUGGUAUUGCUGGAGGAAUAGAGAUCUGUAUUACAUUCCCUACAGAGUAUGUGAAGACUCAGCUGCAGUUGGAUGAGAAGGCCAACCCUCCCAGAUAUAAAGGCAUUGGUGGGUAUCUCAUAUCAAGUAUUAUUUGUCACAUGCUUCAACAGGUGUAGACUAACAGUGAAAUGCGUACUUACUGGUCCUUUUCCAACAAUGCAGAGUUAAAGAUAAAUAUUGUAAUUAUUUAAAUAGUGACAUGGGGAAUAAAUACAAUGAAUAACAAUAAUGAGUAAAAAUAACACGGCUAUAUACAAGGAGUACCAGUACCGAGUCGAUGUGCAGGGGUACGAGGUAAUUAAGAUAGUAUGUACAUAUAAUAGGGGUAAAGUGACUAGAUAGACAGUAGCAGCAGCAUACUGUAUGUAGUGAGUGUGAAAGUGUGUGUGGCGUCCGUAUGCAUGUGUGCACGUGUUAUGUGUGUGGGCAUAUGUAGUGUGUGUGUUAGGGUGUCAGUUAAGUAUGUGUGGGUAUAGUCCAGUGUGUGUGGAUAGUCUGUGCAAGAGAGUUAGUGCAAAAAAGUGUACGUGUGUGUUGGGGUGUCAGUGUAAGUAUGUGUGAGUGUGCGGGUAGAGUCCAGUGUGUGUGCAUAGAGUCAGUGCAAGAGAGUUUGUGCAAAAAAGGGUCAAUGCAGGUGUAGCUCAAUGCCCCGUGUAGCUCAGUUGGUAGAGCAUGGCACUUGCAACGCCAGGGUUGUGGGUUCGAUUCCCACGGGGGGCCAGUAUGAAAAAUAAAAUUAAAAUUAUGCACUCACUAAUAAGAGCGUCUGCUAAAAUGACUAAAAUGUAAAAAUGUAGUCCGGGUAGCCGUUUGAUUAGCUAUUUAGCAGUCUUGUUUAGCAGUCUUAUGGCUUGGGGGUAGAAGCUGUUAAGGGUCCUGUUGGUUCCAGACCUGGUGCACUGGUAGAGCUUUCCAAAAAUUGCUCCUAAACAGGAGAGGGAAUUAUUUGGUUUAUUUGACAUUAUUUGCUAUAUUGUUACUAGUCAUAUCUGGGUAAAUCAAUUAUUUUUUGACAGCAAACUUUCUAUUCAUGUUUGCCCAUGGAAGAAGGUCAGAAAGUGACUUUUUGGACCUGAAUGCCAAAACAUUCAGGAGAUAAAGGUGCUCAAAGUUACAUUUUACAUUUUUAGUCAUUUAGCAGACGCUUUUAUCCAGAGCGACUUACAGUUAGUGAGUGCAUACAUUUUUCAUACUGGCCCCCCGUGGGAAACGAACCCACAACCCUGGCGUUGCAAGCGCCAUGUUCUACCAACUGAGCUACAGGGGACUGAUCCAGUGGAAACGUCAUUAAAUAGGCCUACAGUGCCUUGCAAAAGUAUUCAUCCCCCUUGAAGUUUUCCCCACCUUGUUGCAUUACAACCUGUAAUUUAAAUGGAUUUUUAUUGGAUUUCAUGUAAUGGAAAUACACAAAAUAGUCCAAAUUGGUGAAGUGAAAUGAAAAAAAUUACUUGUUUCAAAGAAAAAUCUAAAAAAUAAAUAACGGAAAACUGGUGCGUGCAUAUGUAUUCACCCCCUUUCCUAUGAAGCCGCUAAAUAAGAUCUGGUGCAACCAAUUACCUUCAGAGGUCACAUAAUUAGUUGAAUAAAGUCCACCUGUGUGCAAUCUAAGUGUCACAUGAUCUCAGUGUAUAUAUACACCUGUUCUGAAAGGCCCCAGAGUCUGCAACACCACUAAGCAAGGGGCACCACCAAGCAAGUGGCACCAUAAAGGCCAAGGAGCUCUCCAUACAGGUCAGGGACAAAGUUGUGGAGAAGUACAGAUCAGGGUUGGGUUAUAAAAAAAAUAUCUGAAACUUUGAACAUCCCACAGAGCACCAUUAAAUCCAUUAUCAAAACAUGGAAAGAAUAUGGCACCACAACAAACCUGCCAAGAGAGGGCCGCCCACCAAAACUCACAGACCAGGCAAGGAGGGCAUUAAUCAGAGAGGCAACAAAGAGACCAAAGAUAACCCUGAAGGAGCUGCAAAGCUCCACAGUGGAGAUUGGAGUAUCUGUCCAUAGGACCACCUUAAGCCGUACACUACACAGAGCUAGGAUUUACGGAAGAGUGGCCAGAAAAAAAGCCAUUGCUUAAAGAACAAAAUAAGCAAACACGUUUGGUGUUCGCCAAAAGGCAUGUGGGAGACUCCCCAAACAUAUGGAAGAAGGUACUCUGGUCAGAUGAGACUAAAAUGUAGCCUUUUGGCCAUCAAGGAAAAUGCUAUGUCUGGCACAAACCCAACACCUCUCAUCACCCCGAGAACACCAUCCCCACAGUGAAGCAUGGUGGUGGCAGCAUCAUGCUGUGGGGAUGUUUUUCAUCGGCAGGGACUGGGAAACUGGUCAGAAUUGAAAGAAUGAUGAAUGGCGCUAAAUACUGUGAAAUUCUUGAGGGGAAACCUGUUUCAGUCUUCCAGAGAUUUGAGACUGGGACGGAGGUUCACCUUCCAGCAGGACAAUGACCCUAAGCAUAUUGCUAAAGCAACACUUGAGUGGUUUAAGGGGAAACAUUUUAAAUGUCUUGGAAUGGUCUAGUCAAAACCCAGACCUCAAUCCAAUUGAGAAUCUGUGGUAUGACUUAAAGAUUGCUGUACACCAGCGGAACCCAUCGAACUUGAAGGAGCUGGAACAGUUUUGCCUUGAAGAAUGGGCAAAAAUCCCAGUGACUAGAUGUGCCAAGCUUAUAGAAACAUACCCCAAGAGACUUGCAGCUGUAAUUGCUGCAAAAGAUGGCUCUACAAAGUAUUGACUUUGGGGGUAUUGUAAAUCAAUAGGACAGGUCCAAAGUGGAAAUGUUGUGUGUUUAUUAAAACAACAUGUUUGUCAGUCAAGUUUUGUUCAAAUACUAAGUUUUGUUCAAAUACUUUUGAAUGUUUCACAGGUAACAUGCACAAAACACCAUGCAAAAAAACACCUCAAAGUGAUUUGAAAUAUCUGCAGUUGACUGUAUAUGUUUGUCCUCUCUCACGCUGAUUCUCUCUCCCUCUCCUCCCUUCCCUCCCUGUAGUUGACUGUGUGAAGCAGACGGUAGAUGGUCAUGGGGUGAGGGGUCUGUACAGAGGGCUCAGCUCAUUGCUCUAUGGCUCCAUACCCAAAGCAGCUGUCAGGUACACACACCACGACACACCACACACUGUCCAUCUGUCUCAGUCUCAUCCUCUGUCUCGGUAAAUUUUUAAUAUGUCAUUGACAUCCUCUCUGUCUCUAUCAGGUUUGGUGUGUUUGAGUUCCUCAGUAAUAAGAUGCGUGAUGAGAGUGGGAAGCUGGACAGUACCCGGGGUCUCCUCUGUGGUCUGGGGGCCGGAGUGGCUGAGGCUGUGGUGGUGGUCUGCCCCAUGGAGACGGUCAAGGUGUGUGUGUGUGUGUCUUAAACGGCUUUAGGAAAUCUUAAACCAUUAUCUGUGUGUGACGUUACUCAUUUGUAAAACAAAGGUCUGCAUAUAAUUUGAAUCUGUGUUCUCUUGUGUCAUUUCAGGUAAAGUUCAUCCAUGACCAAUCGUCAGCCAACCCAAAGUACCGGGGAUUCUUCCAUGGAGUCAGGGAGAUCGUCAGAACAGAAGGUAAGGAUGGGAGACAGACAGACACUGUGAUUUACUGCCACCCAAUAUUCCCUCUAAAAUGCGCUUGGCGCCGUAGCCCGAGACUGCUUUGCAGCUCCCCUGGGACUGCUUCACAGAAUAAAUAUCAGCCCACAGAGAGAAGUACGAGAUUGAACUUCACUCAACUUUCUAGAGCAGUGGUCACCAACCGGUCGAUCUCCAAGGCAUUGCUAGUCGAUCACCAAACAUUUCUGUAAAAAUUAAUCUGGGGCUGUUGGCGGUAGGUGCACCCGAUUCAGCUGCCCUGCGCGCAGUGUAGGCGAACAGUUGCCAUUUUGAACCAUUUCAUGUGUCUGAAGGUACAAACACUGCCUUCCCGGCGGCCCCGGAGAGCAAAUCAAGUGCACUAUAGGCCUACCGCUGGCCAAUCGGAUGGCUCAGAUUACCAUGUCUGCAGUAACGUUGCAGGCAUAAAAGAAGGCUACAGCAAAGUUGAUACUGUGAGAUUUCUAAACGUUUAAAACCAUGAUUAGAGAGAGACUGUCAAUGAAUACAGCAAAUAGCUGCUGUUUUUCAUGUUUAAGUUCUUACUCAGCACUGUCAACACUUUGUAUUCAACACUUUUAUAAGCUAUAAAAUGCACAUUCUUCCUAUUUCAACUCAGCGCUACAACAAGCACUGCAGCAGUAAUGAAUGAGUAGUAUAGUGUAUCUAUAGGCUUGCGUUGUUAUUUUUUAAUAUCAAGGAAUAUUUAACUUUCUCUGUUCAUAGGACUAACAACAUGAAUUUGUGCGCGAGGCAAAACAUUAUGCGGUGCGACUCGAGUUUCGCUAUCAGCUGGAAGACGGUGUCCGUUUUUUGGUCAGUGUCAGCAGAGGGAUGUUGAGAGGCAGACCCUCAGUCUGCUGCUCUCUCUCUCCGCUGAGACUGACCAUCAGAUGCAGGCACAAUCAGCCCAGUAAAAUAAAAAGCAAAUUAUUUAAAUGUAUGCUCACUCAGCUGUGCCUCACAAGUAAUACAACAAUGGAUAUAUUACCGGUGUAAUCAUAUAGCCUACCUCAAAUGUUGAAAUAUAAUUGUUUUAAAUGUCCCGAACAACAAUGCAUUGGCAGGGCAAUUCAAGCAAAGCCAAUAUGUGGUGACAAUGUAUUGGGCCUAUAGCUUACUGCACAAACCUCAUUGCUACAUUACUGUUUUUUGAAUUGGUUAAUGUUGCAUAGGCUUAUGUUUUUUAAGUCAUGUAAAAAGAAAAACCUGAGCGGUAGAUCUCGGCUUGCAUUUUGACUCCGUGAUCUUGACUCGGAAAAGGUUGGUGACCACUGUUCUAGAGUUUUCCCUGUUAACACUAUCAACAUUUCCCUUUACUCUGGCACUUGUGAUUGAAUCAAUGCAAUAUUAGCCACUUUCAAUGUAACAUACCGAAAACAAAACUAACUAUGCAAGAGAUUUUUUUGUAGGCAGAACGCAUCGGAGUAGGAUUCUAUUGCAUUGAUACACACGACUCAGCCUGUACUCUACACAGACCAGUGCAGCAUAACCAAUUAGAGCUGCAGUAGGCCUAUAUGAAAUUAGACCAUUGCCAUAUACAGUGGGGGGAAAAAGUAUUUAGUCAGACACCAAUUGUGCAAGUUCUCCCACUUAAAAAGAUGAGAGAGGCCUGUACAUUUCAUCAUAGGUACACGUCAACUAUGACAGACAAAUUGAGGGAAAAAAAUCCAGAAAAUCACAUUGUAGGAUUUUUUAUGAAUUUAUUUGCAAAUUAUGGUGGAAAAUAAGUAUUUGGUCACCUACAAACAAGCAAGAUUUCUGGCUCUCACAGACCUGUAACUUCUUCUUUAAGAGGCUCCUCUGUCCUCCACUCGUUACCUGUAUUAAUGGCACCUGUUUGAACUUGUUAUCAGUAUAAAAGACACCUGUCCACAACCUCAAACAGUCACACUCCAAACUCCACUAUGGCCAAGACCAAAGAGCUGUCAAAGGACACCAGAAACAAAAUUGUAGACCCGCACCAGGCUGGGAAGACUGAAUCUGCAAUAGGUAAGCAGCUUGGUUUGAAGAAAUCAACUGUGGGAGCAAUUAUUAGGAAAUGGAAGACAUACAAGACCACUGAUAAUCUCCCUCGAUCUGGGGCUCCACGCAAGAUCUCACCCCGUGGGGUCAAAAUGAUCACAAGAACAGUGAGCAAAAAUCCCAGAACCACACGGGGGGACCUAGUGAAUGACCUGGCCUCUCUCAUCUUUUUAAGUGGGAGAACUUGCACAAUUGGUGGCUGACUAAAUACUUUUUUCCCCCACUGUAUGGAUCUGUGCCAUUUACUUUGAACUUGACUGUGUUUACAGCAUGAGCGGUUGUGAGUAGAUUAGCUUGUUUUGAGAUCAAAGCGAGAGCUGCAUGUAGCCACGUGUGCACAUUUUGUUCAUAUCCUCUAGUUAGUGAGUUAUUAGCCCAGUUAUAAAGUGAGGGGAAAACGUAUUUGAUCCCCUGCUGAUUUUGCACGUUAGCCUACUGACAAAGAAAUGAUCAGUCUAUAAUUUUAAUGGUAGGUUUAUUUGAACAGUGAGAGACAGAAUAACAACUGCAGGAUCUCAAGGCAGCUGGGAUCAUAGUCACCAAGAAAACAAUUGGUAACACACUACGCCGUGAAGGACUGAAAUCCUGCAGCGCCCGCAAGGUCCCCCUGCUCAAGAAAGCACAUAUACAGGGCCGUCUGAAGUUUGCCAAUGAACAUCUGAAUGAUUCAGAUGAGAACUGGGUGAAAUUGUUGUGGUCAGAUGAGGCCAAAAUCGAGCUCUUUGGCAUCAACUCAACUCGCCGUGUUUGGAGGAGGAGGAAUGCUGCCUAUGACCCCAAGAACACCAUCCCCACCGUCAAACAUGGAGGUGGAAACAUUAUGCUUUGGGGGUCUUUUUCUGCUAAGGGGACAGGACAACUUCACCGCAUCAAAGGGAAGAUGGACGGGGCCAUGUACCGUCAAAUCUUGGGUGAGAACCUCCUUCCCUCAGCCAGGGCAUUGAAAAUGGGUUGUGGAUGGGUAUUCCAGCAUGACAAUAACCCAAAACUCACAGCCAAGGCAACAAAGGAGUGGCUCAAGAAGAAGCACAUUAAGGUCCUGGAGUGGCCUAGCCAGUCUCCAGACCUUAAUCCCAUAGAAAAUCUGUGGAGGGAGCUGAAGGUUCAAGUUGACAAACGUCAGCCUCGAAACCUUAAUGACUUGGAGAAGAUCUGCAAAGAGGAGUGGAACAAAAUCCCUCCUGACAUGUGUGCAAACCUGGUGGCCAACUACAAGAAACGUCUGACCUCUGUGAUUGCCAACAAGGGUUUUGCCACCAAGUACUAAGUCAUGUUUUGCAGAGGGGUCAAAUACAUAUUUCCCUCAUUAAAAUGCAAAUCAAUUUAUAACAUUUUUGACAUGCGUUUUUCUGCAUUUGUUUGUUGUUAUUCUGUCUCUCACUGUUCAAAUAAACCUACCAUUAAAAUUAUAGACUGAUCAUGUCUUCGUCAGUGGGCAAAUGUACAAAAUCAGCAGGGGAUCAAAUACUUUUUUCCCUCACUGUAGAUAAUUUGUAGUCAACAAUAGGAGAGCACAAAAAGUGUACAUUUCUAGACAUCUUUGAAAAGUGAGUCAGGUAAAGAGCUUUUUUUGGUCUUAAAGGGGCAGUGUUGUAUUUUGAGACAGGCUCGAAUAAGCUAAGUAGCCAAUAGGCAGAGGGUAGCAUAAUUUGUCUGAUUCUCUGUAGUAAAGGUAUGGGAAUAAUAAUGCAUUUGAUUUUGUAAAGUGGUUUCUUGCAUCAAACAACACAACAAUAUUUUCAGUCACCUCCUUGUCUGAAGGAUGUCAAGCCCUGCAAGUUUCUUUCAAAAGUCUCAUGGAAUGUAGGCCUACAUUGAACACCACACAUUGUCUGCUACUGUAGGCUGAAUGAUAGAACAGCUAUUUCCAUGUUAAAAUGUUAUGGGAUGCAUUUUCUCCAUAGUCUUUUAUGGUAGGCCAGUAAGGUAGGCCUACAUUAUGAUCAAAUAGCCUCAAUAGGCUACUUGGCCACUGUUAAAACUGUAACUUAAAGCGGGUACAGCCUCAGUGUUCACAGUAAACGCGCUGGACGUUGCACAGAAUUUUCACAACGUUCAAGUUUGCACUCAGCAGACCUGAAAUUUGCUCAGUGCCUAAUUUUAUUUGAGGGAACAUUGCUGCCACCUGAACCGCAGAAAGAAGAGAGAGUGUGGUUUGUACAGACUCAUAAUGUAGCUGUUGAACGAGACUGUGUGUAUGUUGGAGUGUUAGUGCGUAGAGUCCUGUGAGUGUGCAGAGUCAGUGUAAAAAUAAAAUAAAAGGGUCAAUGCAGAUAGUCCGUAUAGCCAUUUUGUUAGCUAUUUAGCAGUCUUAUGGCUUAGGGAUAGAAGCUGUUCAGGAGCCUGUUGGUGUCAGACUUGAUGCUCCGGUACCGCUUGCCGUACGGAAUCAAAGAGAACAGUCUAUGGCUUGGGUAGCUGGAGUCUUAAAAAAAUUCUGGCCCUUCCUUUCACACCGCCUGAUAUAGAGGUCCUGGAUGGUAGGGAGCUCGUCUCCGGUGAUGUACUGGGCUGUCCGCACCAUCCUCUGUAGCACCAUGCGAUCGAGGGCGGUGCAGUUGCCAUACCAAGCAGUGAUGCAGCCACUCAAGAUGCUCUCAAUGGUUCAGCUCUUGAACUUGUUGAGGAUUUGAGUGCCCAUGCCAAAAUAUUUUCAACCUCCUGAGGGGGAAGAGGCGCUGUCGCGCCUUCUUCACGACUGUGUGUGUAUGUGGACCAUUUUAAGUCCUUUAGUGAUUUGGACACAGAGGAACUUGAAGCUCUUGACCCGCUCCAUUACAGCCCUGCCGAUGCCCCCCUUUCCUGUAGUCCACGAUCAGCUCCUUGGUAUUAUUGAUGUUGAGGGAGAGGUUGUUAUCCUGGCACCACACUGCCAGGUCACUGACCACCUCCCUGUAGUCUCAUCAUCGCCGGUGAUCAGGCCUACCACCAUUGUGUCCUUAGCAAACUUGAUAAUUGUGUUGGAGUCGAGCGUGGCCACACAGUUGUGGGUGAACAGGGAGUACAGGAGGGGACUAAGCACACACCCCUGUGAGGCCCCCAUGUUGAGGGUCAGCGUGGCGGAGGUGAUGUUGCCUACCCUCACCACCUGGGGUCGGCCUGUCAGGAAGUCCAGGAUCCAGUUGCAGAGGGAGGUGUCCCAGGGAUUGCGUUGUCUAUGGAUCUGGCGGUAUGCAAAUUGGAGUGGAUCUAGGCCUAGGGUGUCUGGGCUGAUGGAGUUGAUGUGUGCCAUAACCAGCCUUUCAAAGCAGUUCGUGAUUACAGAUGUGAGUGCUACAGGGCAAUAGUAAUUGUGGCAGGUAGCCUUAGAGUUCUUUGGAACAGGAAUGAUGGUGGUCAGCUUGAGACGUGGGAUUACAGACUGGGAUAAGGAAAUGUUGAAAAUGAAUAUGCCUGCCAGCUGUUCUGCGGAUGCUCUGAGAACGUGCCCUGGAAUAAUAUCCGGCCUUGCGAGUGACCUGAUUUAAAAACCUUAUUCAUGUCUCCCUCAGAGAGUGAGAUCACCCAGUCCUCUUGGUCAGGGGGGGGCCUCAUGCACAGCACAGUGUUGUUUUUGUCGAAGCGUGCAUAAAAAUGCAUUGGGUUCGUCUGGUAGAGAGGCAUCAUUGGCCAGAUCAUGGCUGGGUCUUCCUUUGUAAUCCGUAAUGGACUGUAGCCCAUUCCACAUGCGGCAGGCGUCGGUGCCUGUGUAAUAGGAUUCCACCUUGUUCCUAUAUUGUCUUUUUGCUUGUUUGAUGGCUCUGCGGAGGUCGUAGCAGGACUUUUUGUACUUGUUUGUGUCCUCAGCCGUAGCCUCGGGGUUGGCUGCAAUAGCCCUGAGUGCGGUAGCCCUGUCCCUUAGCGCCAACCUCUGUGUUAAUCCAGGGCUUUUGAUUGGGGAAGCAGCGAACCUUCACUGUGGGGACAACGUUGGCGAUCCAUUUCCUAAUGAAGGUUAGCUCGUCGACGCUAUCGGCAGUGUCCCGGAACACAUUCCUGUUUGAGUUUCUGCUUGUAGACAGGAAGCAGGAGUAUAGAGUCACGAUCUGAUUUCCUGAAGGGGGAUGCAGGAGGGCCUUGUAUGCUUGCCUCUGGGUAGAGUAACAGUGGUCUAGGACAUUAUUGGCCCAAGUGGCGAAGGAGACAUGUUGAUGGAAGUUGGGAAUCACACGUCUUAAUGACGGGGAAUUAAAAUCACUGGGGACUAGAAAAGCAGCCUCCGGGUGCAUGGUUUCCUGCUUAUUUAUAGCCUUGUACGGUUCAGUAAGUGCCAGCUUGUUGUUUUUCUUGUCCUGAGGUGGAAUAUAUACAGCAGUCAGGUUAACAGCUGAAAACUCUCAAGUGACCAAUAGAAUGGAGGGAAGAGGUGGCUGGUUUUCCCUUCACCUUAAUCUCGUCAGGACUAUUUUUCGCGGGCGUUUCCUUUUGGGUAGCCUGAAACUUGGUUUGGCGUUACACAAAGAGCCCAGGGCAGAUGAGUCGAAGUUGAAGCCGGAAUUUAGGUUAGGAACUACCGAUCUGAUGUUCAGAAGUUAUUGUCGAUCAUAAGAAAUUAUAGCGGAUACAUUUGGUGCAAAAAAGUAAAGCUAAAUGCUGAGCUCACGACGACAGCCAAUACAGUACGGCACCAUAACUGAAAUGACUGUUAAAAAAAUUAAUAAAAAAGGAUUAGUAAUGUCAAAUAUACUGUGUCUGUAACAUUUAUAUAGGUUCAGAACUUUUGUGAAACAGCACAGUCGGGCCUCCCGAGUGGCGCAGCGGUCUAAGGCACUGCAGUGCUUGAGAAGUGACUACAGAUCUGGGUUCGAUCCCGGAUUGUGUCGCUGCCGGCCACGACCAGGAGACCCAUGAGGCGACGCACAAUUGGCCCAGCGUCGUCCGGGUUAGAGGAGAGUUUGGCUGGCCCGGAUGUCCUUGUCCCAUCGCGCUGUAGCAACUCCUGUGGCGGGCCGGGCGCAUGCACGCUGACACGGUCGCCAGGUGUACAGUGUUUCCUCCGACACAUUGGUGCGGCUGGCUUCCGGGUUAAGCGAGCAGUGUGUCAAUAAGCAGUGUGGCUUGGCAGGGUCGUGUUUCGGAGGACGCAUGGCUCUCGACCUUCACCUCUCCCGAGUCCGUACGGGAGUUGCAGCGAUGGGACAAGACUGUAACUCCCAAUUGGAUAUCACGAAAUUGGGGAGAAAAAGGGGUAAAAAGUUAAAUACAAAAACAGCACAGUUUAAAAAUAUUCAGAGAUAGAUGGGAGGGGUUCAGGGUAGCUGAAGGAUGGGACUAAAAACAAACAAAAGAUAACUAUUGUAAAAUAUACUAUGUUCGUAAAAUGUUAUAGUAUGUAUAAGCUUGAAGUAGAAGCCUAAGUGUUGUUACCCAUUAGUUUACUCCAAUUAGGGGAGGGGUGGUAGGAUUAGGGGAAAAUAAUAAAGGAAAAAAUAUGUGUAUAUAUAUAUAUAUAUAUUUUUUUUUACAUAAAAACAUAUGGAGAUUUGGAAAUUAUGCAGACAACUACAUUGAUGGAUGCCACAAUAUAUCUGCAAUAUUAAAGAAGACUGUUUAAUGGUUAUUCUAUGGUUAUUGGGGUGUUUGAUGAGAGGUUGUGGGAUUGUUGUUUGCUGGUUAUUGGCUGUGUGUUGAUGUGUUAUCUAUGUCUCCUCCAGGCCUGAGGGGGACGUACCAGGGUCUGACAGCCACAGUACUGAAACAGGGAUCCAACCAGGCCAUCCGCUUCUACGUAAUGACAUCUCUAAGGAACUGGUACAAAGGUGUGUGUGUGUGUGUGUGUGUGUGUGUGUGUGUGUGUGUGUGUGUGUGAUCGAUCCACUGAGUUUGAACCCUUCUCUCCUGUGUGUGUGCUGUUUACCUGUGUGUGUAUCCAGAGAGUCUCACUGCUCUCUCUCUCUCUCUCUCUCUCUCUGUUCCCUAGGUGAUGACCCUAACAAGGCCAUUAACCCUCUGGUCACGGGAGCAUUCGGAGCCUUCGCUGGAGCUGUCAGUGUGUUUGGAAACACUCCACUGGAUGUCAUCAAAACCAGGAUGCAGGUACACACCACCAUUUAUUAAUGACCUGGUCACAUGCAGUGAAUUGUAUCUCUUUUACUAUACUUGUAUCAUUUUGUUAGUUAAACCCUGUCCCUCUCUCUACUAACAGGGUCUGGAGGCUCACAAGUACAAAAGCACCCUGGACUGUGCCGUCAAGAUCAUGAAGCAUGAGGGACCUAAAGCGUAAGUGUCUCCGUACACACUAACUUUGUGACCUCCUGUCCCAUUUUCAUCUAUUUUUAUCAGACAUAAUGGUAUUGAUCCUGUGUCUGCCCUUUGCCUCCUUCCUUCAUUAUUUCCUCUCUCCCCAGGUUCUAUAAGGGUACAGUCCCCAGGCUGGGCAGGGUGUGUAUGGACGUAGCCAUCGUCUUCAUAAUCUACGAGGAGGUGGUGAAGGUCCUCAACAAAGUCUGGAAGACGGACUAA